UUCAGUCCUGUUUAAAUGGGAAUCUAAAGCGCAGAGAGGAAAAGGGACGCAGACACAGAAACCAAGAGAGAGAGAAAAGUGGAGACAGAUUUAUUUUACGCACGGGAAAAACAGGGAAACGAGUAGGAGAAAAGGAAAGGAGGAGAGAGGAAAAGAGGCAUCGGGUUUUUUCCUCUAAAUUUGGCUCCUUUCACUCUCAUGACUCAAAGAGGAUUCCAGUUAAAUUCACCCGGUCGGGAGGAAUUGAUGGUGUCUUUUCGGGAGAGCAGAGCCGAGGGGAGGAAUCUGAAUGCGCUCGGCUGAACCAUGCCAGCCCUGUGGAUCAUAACUUUGGCGAUCACUUUGAACCAAGUGUGGUGCAUUCGCUUCUCGCAAGAGCCCGCGGACCAGUCAGUGGUACUGGGAGAACGGGUGGUGUUGUCCUGCGUGGUCUUCAACUACAGCGGCAUCGUCCAGUGGACCAAAGAUGGCCUGGCUCUCGGCAUCGGAGAGGGUUUACGAGCCUGGCCUAGGUAUCGUGUGCUGCGGGCUCUGGACAUCGGCCAGUACAACCUGGAGAUCUCAAAUGCCGAGCUGUCUGAUGACUCUCUGUACGAGUGUCAGGCCACAGAGGCCGCCCUGCGCUCCAGGAGGGCCAAACUCAAUGUACUCAUCCCUCCUGAGGACCCGGUGGUCGAGGGAGCCCCGGAGCUCCUGCUGAUGGCCGGGACUCCAUACAACCUGACCUGUGUGACCCGCGGGGCCAAGCCUGCAGCACACAUCCAGUGGACCAAAGAUGGAGUCCCUGUGGAGGGGGCCCACCAGUCCACGGAAGUGCUCCCAGACAGAAAGAGGGUGACGACCAGGAGCUACCUGCCCAUCACACCUAUCGACACUGACAGCAGCCGCAACUUCACCUGUGUGGCCAGCAACCCGGCGGUGCCAAUGGGAAAACGAGCCACUGUUAUGCUCAAUGUCCACCACCCUCCUAUGGUGACCCUGUCCAUCGAGCCUCGCUCUGUCCUGGAGGGCGAGAGAGUCACCUUCACCUGCCAGGCCACUGCCAACCCUCCCAUCAUUGGCUACAGGUGGGCAAAAGGUGGCGUGCUGCUGGAGGGGGCCAGGGAAAGUGUGUUCGUCACCACAGCAGAUCACUCCUUCUUCACUGAGCCUGUGUCCUGUCAAGUUUUCAACGUUGUGGGAAGCACCAACGUCAGCAUCCUGGUGGACGUGCACUUUGGCCCAAUACUGGUAGUGGAGCCCAGGCCAGUUACGGUAGAUGUGGACUCAGACGUCACUCUAAACUGCAAGUGGUCUGGAAACCCCCCUCUCACCCUCACCUGGACGAAGAAGGGCUCCAGCAUGGUGCUCAGCAACAACAACCAGCUGUAUUUGAAGUCAGUGAGUCAGGCCGAUGCAGGCCAGUAUGUCUGCAAGGCCAUCGUGCCCCGGAUUGGAGUUGGAGAGACUGAAGUUACGCUCACUGUCAACGGCCCUCCCAUCAUCUCCAGUGAUCCAGUCCAGUACGCUGUCAGAGGGGAGAGAGGAGAGAUCAAGUGUUACAUUGCCAGCACCCCCCCUCCUGAUAAGAUUGUUUGGGCUUGGAAGGAGAACGUGUGGGAGAAGGAGAAAGGCACCCUGAUGGAGAGGUACACCGUGGAGCAGAGUAAACCACCAUCCCAGGGCGGGGCCGUCCUCUCCACCCUCACCAUCAACAACGUCAUGGAGUCUGACUUCCACUCGCCUUACAACUGCACCGCCUGGAACUCCUUCGGACCCGGCACCAUGAUCAUCACACUGGAGGAGACGGAUAUCGUUCCGGUGGGAAUUAUCGCUGGUGGUACGGUGGGCUCCUCCAUUCUGCUGCUUAUGUUUCUACUGGCGCUUGCCUUCUUCCUGUACCGCCAACGCAAAGGCAGUCGCCGAGGUGUCACCCUCGGUAAACCAGACAUCAAGGUAGAGACAGUCAACAAAGAGACCCACAGCCUGGAGGAGGAGGCAGCCGACGUCUCCACAGCAACCCGGAUGGUCAAGGCCAUGUACUCCUUUCUGCCCUCUGUUUCCCUCUCUCCCUCCACUCAGCCAUUCAAAGACGACAUGGACCUGAAGCAGGACAUCAGGAGCGAGAGCGACACCAGGGAGGAGUACGAGCUCAAGGAUCCAACAAAUGGUUACUACAAUGUCCGAGCCACCACCCAUGAUGAGGCGCGCCCCCAGUCCCGUGCCAUCCACUACCAGGGUGAAUUCCGCUCCCCGAACCCAAACAGCGGACCAGCCGGUGCCACCUCCAGCGGACCCCCAGCUGGCGCCAGCGGUGCUGUUCCCCCCAGCGCAGUGCCAGGUUCAAGGGCAGGCUGCUAUGACCCUCGCCCACCUUCCAGGAUGUCCCAUGCCACCUACGCUCAGUUCAACACCUUCACCAGGGUGGCACAGAGCCAGCAAGCACCUCCCAAUCCAGCUCUUCAGUCACCUGGAGAAUACCCCGGAGACUGCGGCCUGCUGGACAGCACAACACAGCUGGCCUACGACAACUACGGAUACCCCUCCCAGUAUCCCAGCUACCGAAUGGGCUUUGCUCCACCCAUAGAAGAGGGACCAGCCUAUGAGAUGUAUCCAACAGGACAAGGGACCGGGCCAGGGCCAGGGCCGGGUCCUGGGCCUGGACAGCAAAGUCCUGAAACAGGGCUGGGGCAGUAUGGAACCGCCACUCGCUUCUCGUAUUCGUCUCCGCCCUCUGACUAUUCCCAAAGACACACACAGCGGAUGCAGACUCAUGUUUGAGAAACACACACUCUUUGACUUGCUUUUUGCAGCUGCAGUACUUAUUACACAUAAAACAAAAACACAAAAAAAAUAAAAAAAAUACAUUAACAUUUGAGAUUCAGUUUUAAGUUUCCAUUGCAUCCAGUGCAUGGAAUUUGGUUCAUUUUCUGAACCAAUAAAACAUCACAACAACGCACAGCAGUUAGCAGCAUCGCAUAUAAUACAGUUAGCAGCAAUACAUACAACACAUGCAAAGCGACAUUCACACACAUUUGCGCAAACCCUCUGUUGCGUGCAGUGUUUAUGCUCCAUUGAAAGCAACAGCGAGAGCCACAAUCAAGAGAAAAGAGACAAAAAGAGAAGAAGAGCACUUUGAAGACAGGAAGAAGAAGAGCGCCAGGAGCUUAAGGAGGAACAGAGGAACCUUUUUCUUCCUGCAAUCCUCGUCUUGCUCUUGGAUCAUCUCCCUGCAUCACAUUUCCCUCCCACCCCAUCUCUGUAAAUAAGUGCAAAUGGAGAUUUGGGUCAUUUUGAAGUUAUUUCCUUGUACAAACCUAUACAGUGUGAUGCAGUACAGUGACCUACAGCAAACCUCCCUGUAAUCCACACAUUUUGCAUUUUCUGACUCUCACAUAUUGCAAAAAACACACACAUAGACAAAUCUUUGAAGACUUAUUUGUUUUGAUGUAUUGCAGCAACGGGGCAGCUUGGACUAUAAAUAUAUUUGGCACUUUUUGAUCCCUUUUUCUCACUUAAAACGUGCCCAGUGGCCAUUGCUUUCAAGAUCUACCUUGAUUUAAGUGGGGCAGAGCUUCUUAAAGUGGUACAGUUAGUGACCAGAGUGCCAAUGCUUAUGUGCCAAUACACACAAACUGUUAUGGUGUGUCUUCUUUUGUAAAAAGUGGACAAUAAGGUGGUCUGGACGAAGAGGUUUUGUACAUGCCACAUCUGAGAGGAAAGGAAAGGAGUGGUAGCAAGCGUCUCUGUAUGCUCAUUCUUCUCCUCAUCUGUCAUUUUUAAUCAUCAUAAUACAUUUCUAUACUUAACAUUUCACACGAGGUCAAUGCUGUAUACAGUAUUUGUGAAACGAGGUGCGGCGGGAGCACUUUUUCAUUCAAUGAAUUUCUGCAAUUUGUACAAAAAGAUACCUCCCCUACCCUCAAGUGUCAAACAGUAUUUGUUUCUCUCACUUGCACAGUAGUAUAGAUUUUUUUUCCAUAUUUAUACCGAAACGUAUGAAAAAAAAAUGGCAUUCAGAAACAUUUUAUAGUAUUUUUAUAAGGAGUUGUGGACCAAAGGUUCAGCGUUUUGGGUGAAACUCACUUUUUAAUGUGUAUGUGGCGACAUGAUCGUUAUUGGAAACGUUUUGAGUUUCUUUGAAAAGCGAUGGAUGGUGUUUUUCAAGUGGAUGUUGUAGACUUAAAUUAGAAAAUUUGAAGAGCUUCAUUCCAAAAUGAUAAAUAUCCAGCAAGGGCAAAUCUGUUUGGUGGAUAUCUCUGUUUGGUGUGAAACUCUUUCUUUGACUUCCAGUCUUCUGACUGGACUGCCUUUUUCGCACGUCGACGACAUUCAAAAUGAUGGAUGGAGAACAAACAGCUGCUCACUCUGAGCUGUGCUGUGAACUUUGUAAGCGAUGAGAAGGUUCAAGUGUAGUCUAACAUAUCAAAAUGAAGGUACAGAGGGUUCUAUCUAGCUCAUAUGGUACUUUGUACAUUUAUAUGUAAGUAUACUGGUUUGUUCACUGCAACAGAAUAUUUGGUGGUAUUUUAUGUCUGAGAUUUUUUCAUUAUAUUGUGUCAGCUGUGGUACGUGUGGUUGGCCUUUAACCUCACAGGUUCAUAAUGAUCAGCAUUUAAAAUGUUGCUACUAACCUCUAACCUCUACUGAUGCAGCUACUAUACAUGUUUUAAUGAAUCUCUACCACCCCACUAUCAAAUUAUUUUCCACCAAGAGAGAAGAUUAAAUUUGUAUGGCCGACAGGAUCUCGCAGCGCCUGCAGUCGUAGUUUUGUUUAAUUACUCAACACCAACCAAGACCAAAUUCACACUACGGUCAGCUUGCAAAAAGCAGUGUGAAUGUACCUGUCUGCCGUUUGAACCAUUAAAUGAUUUACUCUUUUCUUUCCUGAUAUCAAUAUCUUGAUGACUUAUUAUAAUUAAGAUAUUAUAAAAAAUAAGCCUUACUCACAGAAAAAAGUUGUCUCAGUGUCAACUAUGGAUGCAACCACUGACCCAGGAUUGAAGACAUUUAUUUCAUAGUUACAGAGAACUAAAAGCUUUGAAUGGCUGCAUUUGGCUCCAUUUUGCAUUCUCCAUAUAGAAAACAAUCAGACAUCGUAUUGGCUGUUGAUGAGCAGUGAGCUCAAGAAUUCUGUUUUGGCCAACUUAUGUGAGCCAUUUCUCCUGACGUUCACCUCUACACGAAACAAUUUGACCUCCAGCCCCUUCCACCAGUUGUAGAAAUGGUUCAUGUUUGCACACUGAACUUUGUGAGAGAGAUUGGCUUGCACUCUUCAAUGAACCCUCACACAACUUCACCUUUUAUGGUGACAAUCAUGUGCUGAUUAGCCUCCACAGCGGCAGAUCAAUCUUUAUUUUAUACUGAGGUUGGAUUUAUAAGGUUCCAUCACUAAUGUAACCAUUUGUCGGCUUUAAUUCUUUAAAGGAACAGUGUGUAGGAUUUAGGGUGAUUUAGUGGCAUCUACUGGUGAGGAUUACAGAUUGCAACCAGCUGGAACUUCUCCCGGUUAGAUUUCCUGCAGUGUUCAUUGUUCAAGAGGUUUUAAGUGGGAGCUGAAUUAUCUGCAGAGGUCUCUCCCUCUCCGAAUCAGACAGACCAGGUGAUUAAAACUGAUAGAAACAAUGAAUAAAGCUGUAACAGGUUUCUUUUUUUUUUUUGCGCUGUUAAACUCGUCAGAGAUGGGCCUCUAGUCUAAUACCUGCCAAUCAGUGCUCACAAUUUCUCCUCUGAUAACAUAAGAUGCAGAUGUUCAGGAGUUCAGCAGAGGUCUUUUCCUCUCCAAAACAAAUGAAACUGGUGAUUUAAACCAGUAAAACCACUGAAUCAAGCAGUUUCACAUUUAGAAAUCCGUGUUUUUAUGACCACUACAGAGGCCGAGGCAAAAAUGUGAAUGGUCCAUCUAAAGCCUAUUUAGACUGACAGAAAGGCAAACUAUGGAGGACAAUGCAAAACAUGAAUGGCCCUAUCUAGAGCCAUUGUUUGGUUUGUUCAUUCUGGGCUACUGUAGAAGCAUGGCAGUGUAACAUGGUGUUCUUCAUAGACAAAGACCUGCUCCCUGUGUCGAUAUAAACAGGUAAUUCUUUAGGCAAAAAACACACUUCUAAUCUAUUUAAGGCAAUUAUACAUUAAUACACAGUUUUUGUAUUAUAUUCCAUUUCUGCCAAUAUAUCCCCCUAAGUCCUACACACUGAACCUUUAAGGGACAUUGAAUAGUACAUGACUCUUUUAAACUUGUUUCAGCAACCACCAGGAAUUGCUUCGACAUUUUAUUUUUCAUCUUGUCUUAAGGGCACAUAUGCUUUAUUGGAUAGUCAAAGUAAAGAGGUUCUGUGUGAAAUAAAGAGUCACCCUCUUGUAUCUCUGCCUUACAUUUUUGAGCAGUUAAAAAAAUGAUAGCUGAUGAGACGAGGCUUUACAGAAGACCAGAGGCUGUAGAGUGAAGCCAGAUAUCUCAGCACCUCCAGAGGUAAUCAUUGAGUCUUUAUACUUAUCAGCCACCCUAUCAACCCCUCACAGUUACAGUAUAUUAUGGUAAUUCUGCGCAAAGGGGCAGUAAAAGUUGUAUUUAUUGCCCCUAUUUUGAAUAAACACUUUCAGAAAGCAAACCGCAGCCACGCCAUUUCUGAUUAGAAUAUCAGAUGGAACCUUGUAGCUCCAAGGUCACCAUAUAAACCAUUUCAGUAGUUAUAGAGAGAAGAACGGCAGAUGGAGCACCCUUUUAAAUUUAUAUGGUUAUCACAGCCUUGGUACUGCAUACUAUUACCUCUUUACAACCUUUUUACAGAGUUGUAGCUGCGCAGUAUUUUGCAUCUGACUUGAAAUGUCGUUAUGACCUUGUGUAGAAUAAGUAAAUUUGACACGGAGGAGACCAACAAACACCGGCAGGCCGUCCAGGUACUUAGUCAUUACCUCUUAACUGUUUACAGUCUGUUGACAGUGGGGAUGUAUAAAUAUGUAAAAGACAGAAAGCCAAAAAUGCAAAAUAUGUUUAGAUUUGGUUUAGCAAUGAAAAUGAUAUGCAGUUUAGACGGUAAUCUGGAAGUGUUUACUCCGCUAAAUUGUCAUUUCAUGUCUUUUUCCUCCUUCUCCAUACAUUAUACCUGUCACGCUGUACUCUCUCCCCUGUGUCAUAUUAACAGUCACCUACCAGCUGCCGAAUUAAGAGGCUGAACCUGUCUUCAUGGAAAAAAAACUCAUUACAACAUAGCAAUCCUUUCUCUCAUCAGUUUCUUCCAAAUUUUCUUAGAGCUGAUAACAUAUGGAGUAGAUAUAACAAUCUUAGCUUGCAUUAAUGUGUGUAUGUUGGGGGGGUUGGGAGUCUGUAGAGAAUAUAUAGUGUCAUGAGCUCACGGCAUCAUCCUCAUUUAUUUCUCUUUCUUUCUAUGAAAAUCAGUAUUUGAAAUCUUAUUUUCUUGGUAUUACUUUGUGGUGUUACCUUGCCAGUGGAGGAAAUGGCUGUGGUCAAAAGUGUGUUUGAACUUUUAUAUACAGUAUGUCAUUUUUUUUUUUUGUAUGCAUCAGAUGGGGGUGGGGGGGUCUGAUUAAUCAACCCAGCGGAAAAAAAAAGAGAGGCCAUGUGUGUGUCUGUGGCCAAACUGACUGCUCAGCCAGGCCACAAAUAGCCAAAACUCUGUCUCAACUAGGCCAACCCAGGCUAGAACCAGGCCAGGCCCACAGCUAACUGCUCUGUUCCAUGCUGUGCUGUGCUGCGCCAUCCCUGGCCAAGACUGACUCGAGUGGCUCAGUGUCCGUUUUUACCUUGUGGAGUCUUCAGUGAGUGCCAAAAGACUGUGCAAAAAAUGAACUGAGCAGACAAACAAAUGCAGCAGCCAUUUGUGUUUAUCGUGUUUAUGUGAAUGUUGCUUGUGUGUGUGUGCGUGCGCUACCCGUCUGUAUCAUCAUACAUGCACAUUUACUGUAUGUGUCCAUAUGUGAACAUGCAUGUGUGUGUGUGUGUGUGUGUGUGUGUGUGUGUGUGUGUGUGUGUUUGCAGCUUGUAACACCAGUGUGUUUUCAUAACAUUAUAAAUUUGUUAGGACCACUGGACUGUGAAAAUUAGGGUUUGAGUGAUUUGACUGUUUUGGGUAAAUAUUAGACAUUAGCAACAUUUUUCCUCAAUUUCUGUGUAAAAUGUUGAUUGCUCCUAUUUGUAGCAACAGUUAUUGCAGCCUUCAUUUCAACUAUAAAUUAUGUAGGAGGGACAGGAUACAGCACUCCCAACUAAUGGUUAAGGCAAAACAAAAUAACCUUGACUCCCAAACAGACAUCGGUCAACAUUAUCAUGAUGUCAGACUGAAUAAUGAAGUGAAAUGAAAUGCCAGUUCAGUCUGACUGGCAGGCUAGUGAUCAGAAACACAAGGUGCUCUCCAUUUGUUGCUAUCCUGGCCUCUUUGCUGCCCCUAGUGGUAAGCAAAUGUGUUCAUUUCAACAAAGCACCCGGACCUGUGUUAUCAAAAUGCACUUGCAGCUACCAACAUUGAUCACAAAUAAACCAGGACUAAAAUGUUAAGGACUUAAGCUGCCUUAAAAAGCUGCAACACGUAACAGAACUUAAUUUACAUUACAUACAGGCAUAAAGUGCUGCAGGGAUGUUUAUUUGUAGGCCAACAAAGAAGUUAGCAUCACCCUGGUUCCCUCGGCAAAAAACAAAUGGGAUUUCUUCAUUGGAUUUUGGAUUAGUGCAGAAAAUGCGCUCUGUGGCAAACAAAAGUUUAUGAGACUUACACGUUUUGUUCACCUAAAUCAUCUUCACAAAUGAACACCACUUGCGUAAAUGCAAUCGCCAGAAGUACAAAGCUAAUGUUAGGCUAUAAAGGGACUACACCACAGUCGCACAACUUCACUGUUGUCUUACAAUAAGGCUGUAAAGCUGUGUUCGGCAUGAUGACUGUCUGUACUCUCAUUCAGCCAUUUGUUAGCAACCGUCUUUUUAAGACAUGCAAACUUCAAAAUUCACAAGUGGGGUAUUUUUACUGACGUAUUUCACAUUGCAGAAGAAAACUUGAAAUCUCUUAGCUUGUGUUAACCAUAGGUGUGUAAAUCACCAGUUUCAUCAUGACACGAUAUUAAAACGAUUCUUUUGGCAGUGAAACGAUAUUUUCCGAUAUUACAAAGUCUGCCACGAUACAAUUUUGAUUCGAUAAGAUUCAGGGGCCUGUGAUCGAUAUAAGACAAUAUUAUAUGCCUAUUUACCACAAUCUGUUACAGAAGAAGCUGCUACACCCUUUUUUUAAUACUUUUGGCCAUAAAAGGUAAAAACAGUACAUAAAGUGCAGUAAAGUUUCCUUUAAACUGACUUUCUGCCAGAAAUUCUUCUCUGGAAGAAAUCUUUUCAUUUUAACCCAAACCAUCAUCUUUUACCUAAAACUUCAGGGCUAUCUGGCUUAAAGCUCUAAUGAACAACAACAAGGUCAAAUAACAAAAACAAAUUCAGCUCAGUAAUAGCUGUCAAGAUACACAGACAAAGCAAUUGUUUUUAGCAAGUACCCACCAUUUGCUUAAGCAUGUUUACAUUGCAUAAAUUAGCCUAGCGGCUAGCAGACUUUUUUUCUCCACUCAUAGCUUAACAAAUUACAUGUACUCACCCUUGGUUUAAGUCACUGCAUCUCCCGACAGGAGAGUAAGGUUGAAUUUCAGCCUGCAUGCAAGGUUUUUUUUUAGCCGAAAAUUGUUGAAACAAAGAAGCUAAUGUUGCUGUAGCUAUGUGAGAGUCCAGCCAGGCAGGUAACGUUAUGUCGGGUUUUGUCUCACAACUGCAUUGACCCCCGUUGAUCCCUAUUUUCUUCAUGAACUGAAAUAUUUCCACACUGAUGAUUUUUUUUCCAAGUAGAUACCGUUAUCCUCAUUGUCUUUCUCUUGGCUAGUUGACAUCUGCCUGCUGCUGUUCGACAGUGAUGCAGACUUUCAAAAUAAAAGUGUAUAUCAUAAAGAUGAUGAUAUGGAUAGCUGUUCACUUUGCAUCGAUGAUAUUGGCUCGUUGAUCAUAUCAAUAUAGAUCGAUGGAUCGUUACACCCCUACUUAACCACAGACCUUAUUUCAGACAUCUAACCAAAAACCCAUUCAAAAAACUCACUAACUUCAAGACGAAGGAACCGGGAGUGCUAAAAUGCUAUCUCAUUUCCUGGUUUUAGGACUCUUUCCUACAGCACUUUAUUUCCACGUGGUCGGGGAGAUUCAGCUUGAAACUAUGUAUGUUUGUUAUACAAAUUGUACAUUGUGAAGGUGUUAAAUUAAAGAAGCCAUAUCAGUCAAACCCUAGUAUAAAGCAGGACAGCUGGUAAGACAGAGUGAAGGAGACAUUGUGUGGCCUUAGGACACAAGGAAGGAGCCGAGCUCGUCCCUCAUCCAGCUGCUGAGCCUGUCUGCUCUCUAAAACAGCUGCACGAGUGAACAGGAUUAAUUGAUGUUCAGCUUGAUAUCGUUAAGCAUAUGAAGACGAUGAUCAGUACAGUGAGAAGGAUUCCAUAUUGCACUUAAAAAUGUUUGAAGUGGAGGUGUGCAUGGGGGUGAGAGACGGUCAGUGUGGGUGUUCAUAUAAGCAUAUAUUCUCCAUACUCCAGUUCUUUAUUUUUAUCCUUAUAUAUUGUUCACAUGUGUAUUAUGUUUAUGUUGGUUUUGAGUACUUGUUUAUCCCUUUUAUUCGAGAAAAGAAAACUGUACAAAACAUACAAAAUAUUAUUGAAAUUUUCUUUUAUUUUCAUGUUUGAGUUCUGUUUUUUUUUUCUUUUCAAAUUGUAUGUAAUUAUUUUUCCACAGUAUUACAGAAAAUAAAAGAAGACACGGCUUUUCAU